CCCACCCAAAACCCCCAGCAAGAACCUCGCUCUCCGGCGGCGUCUCCGGCCACCUAUCCAUGGAGGCCACCGCCGCGCCGCGGGCGCUCUCCCUCCUGGCGCCGUCUCCACCUCCAUCGCUGCGGAUGAACUGCUGGCGCGUCGCCUUCGGAGGCGUGAGGCGGCGCGGGGCCGUGCCCGUCAGGGCGAAGAAGAAGAGGGGGAGGGGCGGGGACGGGGGCGCGGAGGAGCGGGUGGACACGCACAGCUUUGCUCCCAAGGCCGGCGAGGCCGCCGGGCUGUUUCCCGAGGCCGUCCUGCUUAGAAAGAAAAUGGCGAGAGAGGAUGGUCAAGUGGCACCGGAAUUUGCUGAUGCAGAAGAAGAAAAGCUAUAUGACUUUCUUAACAUUCAGCUUGAGAGUGAUUUAAAUUUAAAAAGAAUGCGGCACUAUGAAGUAGUUUAUCUAAUUCAUGAGGAUCGUGUUGAAGAAGUUGAAGAUGUUGUAUCAAAAGUACAAGAUUUUGUCAGGGAGAAGAAAGGAAGAAUAUGGAGGCUUAACAAUUGGGGAUUGCGCAGGCUUGCUUACAAAAUAAAGAAAGCAACACAUGCCAACUACAUCUUGAUGAACUUUGAGAUAGAGUCAAGGUACAUCAAUGACUUCAAGACCCUGCUAGACAAGGAUGAAAGGAUCAUCAGACACCUUGUUAUGAAACGGGAUGAGGCAAUUACUGAAGACUGCCCUCCCCCACCAGAGUUCCACACUCUGCGAGCUCAACAAUAUUUUGAUGAUGAAUAUGAAGAUGAGGAGGAGGAAGAGGAAGAGGAGGAUUUGAAUGCCAGGAGUGAACUAGAGUCAGCCGAUUAUGAUGAGGAUGAUGUUGCAGCUGGUGAUGAACCUGAAAUUAUUUAUGUUGAUGAAGCUGAUCAGGAUAAUUACAAAGACAGUCAAGACACUAGAAGAAGGAACAGGAAGCUGAAGGUGAAGAAGUAUACAGCAGAAAAGCCUGUUGUGAGCUUGUGACUUGGGACCAUAAUCUACUUCAUGCCACAUUAAGGACCACCGGCUGUUUCGCGUGAACAAUUCACCAGGUUGUUUGUAGUUUGGCCCAUGAUGCAUUUCACAACUUAUUGGUGCCGGCCCAAAAAUCUCUCAAUCACUGUACAUGGUACAUAACCCUGUGUGUUCAAUCAAACAGUGUGGCUAUGAUCUGGAAACAUUUGUCACCGUCAUUGCUGCCUCCCUUCUACUACGUGAUAAUGUUCUGGAUGUUUUCAAGAGCCGCCACCCAUUCGCACCCAUGUUGUGUCGUUUUUGCUUUGCCAUAUGCUGUGUAUGUUUCCUUGAACAGUGUAGCUACGGCCUCAUAUGUCUCAUUAUAUCCUUUGUGCAUAAAUUUCUGUAUUGGCUAAUGGCUAUGCUAGGCUCCUAGCAGGCUAGCACUAGCAGUUUGGUUGGCAUGCUACCUAACUGUCCCAUUUCAGCAAAUUCUUACUUUGAGAUGGGGA